CCUGAAAAAAAAGUGACGGAACGAUUCCUCUCUACGGACGCCGACAGCCCGACUCGAUACGCUGUCCAGUGCAAUAGAUCAAUUAAUAAAUAAAAGUAUUCAUUUAAUCCAGUGAAAUGAUGGGAGACCGUAAUUUUGUGGAAGAUGUAGACUUUGGGAACGACAACGGGUUCGCAAUGAACAAACCAAUGCGACCGAUAAGGCCACCUAAACGUGGUAUGCCCAACAAUGACCGCUACAAUAAUGCUUAUGGCAGCUACCGUGGUGGCUAUGGGCCUGGAGGCGGCUUUGGGUAUGGACCAAGGGGCCCACCUAUGGGCGGGCCUAUGGGUCCACCACCCAUGGGCCCGCCUAUGGGUCCGAUGGGCCUUCGUGGGCCGCGCGGCCCGCCGCCUCCCAUGGUGAUGUUUGGACGGGGUUUUGGACCAGGGGGGCCACCGAUGCCCCGUAAUGUUGCUCCAGAGACUCAAGCAUUCAGAUACCUUAUACGUUGUGGUGUUGCCCAGGAGAGCAUAAAAGGUCUCCCCAAGAGGCUGCUAAAGCUCAUGGAGGCUCACCACUGCGGCGUUUGCGGGUUAGACUUCGACUCCUUUACUAUGUCGCGUAUGCACUACACUUCGCGCAAUCACCAAAAGAAUCAAAAGAAAUGGCUGACGCAAAAUGCUGAGAAACCAACUCCCGGGAAACAGAUACCGCUAAAGUCGCGCGAGUUGUACUGUGAGCUGUGCGACGUUACGAUAACGUCCACGGCUCACGCCGAUUCGCACUAUUCAGGAAAAGCGCAUCGAGCGAUUGUGGAAGGACGGAAGAAGCCGAAAAACCCGUAUCUACUCCAAAAAGGAAUGGAGGGUCGCACUGAGCAGUUGAUUAACCGCGAGAAGCAACAUUUGCCGGCGACCACCGUGCCGAAGGUCACCGUGGGUGAGGGCGACAUCAAGCCUCCGCAGGCCGACCUCUACUGCGACAUCUGCAAGACCUCCAUGACGUGCUCGGAGCAGAUGACGAUGCACCUCAACGGCAAGAAGCAUCUGUCUAAGGAGAAGCAGCACAUCAUCCGCGUCAUGAAUGAACAGUCCCAGAACAACGUCAACAUUGCGGUUAAAGAAGAACCACAGACUGCAGAUGAGCAGACUGCCGGCAAUGGCAAUGACGAUGGAGGCGAUUGGGGAAACGGAUCUGGUACCUGGGAAGACUAAGGGCUUUAAUAUUAUACUAUAGAGGACUUAUUCCAUACACAUUUUAAUUUUAAAAACAUGACGAAUUAACUGUAAGUUAGGGUGAUAUUCCACCUGUCCAAUUUCUUUGUCCUAUGUGUAUUUGCGUCUCACAUUUUGCUUUGUGAGAGAGGGAGACGCACACAUUUGACCAAGAAAUUGGACAGGUGGAAUACCAACCUUAGAUCAAUUCAACAAGUUAGGGCUUGUGCACAAAUCACGUGAGGUUCGAUAGGGGGAGGGAGGUCACGAAAAAAUCACGAUAGAUCACGUUGGGGGAGGGGGGUAUAAGGAAACCUCACGUGUAUUUUUCUACAGUGAACGAACCUCAGAAAUAAAAACCUAUCACAUGAGUAGAUACUUUUUCUCGGUUUCGUUAAACAUAAAUCAUCACUCUGAACUUUAGAAUAGCGAGUCUAUUUAACGAAAAUAGAAAAAUAAACAAGAUUCUCUAUAUACAAUACUGAUUAUCUAGAUCGAAUGAAAAAAUUGCAAAAAAUACAUGUGAGAUUGUGUGGGGGGAGGGGGGCAGCCAAAAACCUCACCAAAUAUCACCAAGGGCAAGGGGGGGUCAAAAAGUAACCGAAAACCUCGCGUGAUUUGUGCACAACCCCUUAAUCCUUAUCCUCCUAAGACCCACCAUAUAAUUAUUAUUUUUUAAUUUGAACCUUAUUCUGUAAGUAAAUUAGAACGAAUUUCGUUUGUUUUCAAAACCAAUGAAACAAAAGAAAUGCUACUUUAUUUGAUUCAUGAAAGGUUCAAAUUAGGUUGUACGAAUAUGUACAUUGUAAUGUACAUUUAGUCUCGGGAGGAUAAGGGCCACCCCACAUCUAGCGUCCCCCGAGCGUCGGCGUCUGGUCAGCGCUAUGGAAAAUGACGUCGCUGCGCAGUUGCGUCGAGCAGCUGCCGUAGAAUUGUAGACGCCGACGCUCGAAAGAUGCCAGAUAUGGGGUGGCCCUAAGAUGCUUAUGUUGUUACCCUUUGAUUAUGCAGUAUCUCACUAAUUAGAAAUCAGCAGUUGUCGUCUUUAAUCGUCUCAAUUUAUUGUAGUUUCUAGAUUUAAUUCAUUGGCAACACUUGAACAUAUUUAUUUUUAUAAUAGUUCUACUAUUCAUUUUAAAACUGAAUAGCAUUUUAUUUUUUAACUUUAGAAUGGAGUAUUGUGCAACUUCAUUUAAAUGUAAUAUAAUAAAUCAUUCUACGAAUCAA